AUGCUGGGACAGGAUGAGGACCGAAGCAGCGAAAAUCUUGUAGACGAAGAGGAGGCGCAGAUUGCCAAGCGAAGGCGGGUGCUGCUACGCAACUUGGCCCUGCUGCGCCCCGCUUCAUCGGCAGCUACACCCGAGGGGGUGUCCUACGAUGCCAGCCAGGCAGUCGAGCUGUCCGACAAGGAGCGGGAGGUGUUCACCUUCCUGCUCGCCGUCAACGAAUCCUUCGGUCUCAAGUCCACCCUUCGCGUAGCUGGUGGCUGGGUGCGCGACAAGUUGCGCGGAGAGCCGAGCUAUGACAUCGACAUUGCGCUGGACAACAUGAUGGGCAAGGUGUUCGCCGAACGGGUGAACGAGUACCUCGCCAUGAAGGGAUACGAGACGCACAACAUUGGCGUCAUCCAGUCCAACCCCGAACAGUCCAAGCACCUGGAAACGGCGACCAUGCGCGUGUUUGACGUGUGGCUCGACUUUGUCAACCUCCGAGAGGAGAGCUACUCUGAGCACUCCCGCAUUCCUUCCGAGAUGACCAUCGGCACGCCCACGGACGACGCCUACCGAAGGGACCUCACCAUCAACUCCCUUUUCUACAACAUCAACGAAAACACCGUCGAGGAUUGGACCAAGAGCGGGUUGACGGAUCUGGCCGAUGGGAUCAUUCGAACGCCGCUGCCCGCGGAGACGACCUUCAUGGACGACCCGCUGCGGAUCCUGCGCGCCAUUCGGUUCGCGUCUCGCCUGGAGUUUGCGCUCCAUGCGGAUAUCAUCGCGGCCGCUGCCCAGCCCCGCGUGCGCGUCGCGCUGGGCAGCAAGAUCAGCCGUGAACGCAUCGGCAAGGAGGUCGAGGGCAUGCUCUCCGGUCCGCACCCGGAGCUCGCGUUCUACUACAUUCACCACCUGGGCCUGUACGACGUCGUGUGGGCGCUGCCGCCUCCGCCCAAGGGGGCCACGGAGCCGACCGACCACGUGUUGGUACCAGACUACCGCGAGAGGGCCGUCAAUAACGUGCGACAGAUGAAGAGGCUCCUGUGCCACGAGUGCCCCAUCAUGCACGACAAGGUGGCCCGAAGGCGCCUCUUCCUCGCCGCCUCCCUCAAGGUCUACAGCGGUGUCCUGUACAUGGAAAAGAAGCGCGCGUUCCCGGUGACCCACUACAUCAUCAAGGAGUCCCUGCGGUGGAAGGUGAAGGACAUGGACGAGGUGUUGCUCCUCCACAACGGCAUCGAGGAAUUCCACAUCCUGAUCAACAAAACCUACGGCUGCGCUGUCGAUCGCAAGGACGCUGGGCUCUUGAUGCGACGUUUGGGUGCGCUGUGGAAGGAGUGCCUGUACCUGGCGGUCAUCAACGACCUCCCGCCCUUCACCACAACACCCACCGCGCGCGACCAGUCCGACAAUAUACUUCCGUUGGAAGACGAGAGUGUGAAGCUGACGUUGGCCAAGUUGCACGAGUUCUGCCACAAGGUGGAGAAGGAGCUGCACUUGGACGGGGUGUGGGACCUCAAGCCGCUCAUUAACGGACAGGAGCUGAUGCAACUGCUGGGCCUCCCGCCCGGACCCGCCAUUCGCCAACACCUCGAACGGGAGAUGGCCUGGCAGUUGUCACACCCCGACGGCACCCUGGAGGAGUGCGCCGCGUUCUUGCGACAAGCACACAACGCCACCUAG